AUGCCUUCCAGAGACGGUAGCAAGGCUUCAAGCUCUCAGGUGCCUUUGUAUUUGUGGGGAGGUUUCGAGGUGUACAAGAAGAGGUUUGUGGCCAACUUGCGCCGCAUUACAAAUGAAGAUCAAUUCCAGAGGUGGCGGGCUCCUUAUGCUUCUGCAAUUCCUGAGGAUGUGCAUAUCAAGCUGGCGAAGCCUUUGACUGACAACAUGCCUUGCGUAGAUGCGAAUGAUCCAAAUGCGAGAAUCAUCACCUUCCGUCCCUUUUACUUCUCCUUGGGCUUCAAAUUCCCAUUGUCGAAGCUCUUCAAGGAGGUGUUUUGCACCAUGGGGUGUGCUCCGAGCCAGUGUACUCCCAAUGUUUAUCGGGCGAUCAUGUGCUUCGAGAAUCUAAGCCGUUUCUUCACGUUGGAGCUAACAGUGCGAGAGUUCUUCUAUUUUUUUGAAGUGAGGUGUUUGAAGGAGUACGCACAACUUCGCACCUGCAAUGUCAAGCUGUUUGACAGUCUUAGCCAAGGAGAUCAAGUGUGGCAUGCUGAUGUGUUGGAAGUCAGCGGACGGUGGGAAGGCGAUGUUGGUGAUGGUCCACUUGUUCCCAUCACCUACUGCAAUUCGGAUGACAUCAGCAAGAAAUUGGAGCUUGAGCCUGACAUGGCUAAGGUCCGCCGCGCUUUGAACAUCCCCCAAAAGUUCCGUGAGUGGCGUUGGCUGUUGAACGAGUAUCGGGAGGAGGACGGUGCUCUGCCCCCAGCCGAGGAUGUCGAAAGAUGGAAGCAGAAUGGUCCGGACCCUGAUGAUCUGUCUGCUGAACAAGAGGCAUGCUCUGCUGAACCCCCAUAA